AUGGGGUUGUUAGACGCUCUGGCAGACAUGGGGCUGAGUGGGGCUCAAAUAGCGGAUGUGGGGGAGGGGAGGGUAGCAGCGGAGGACACGGUGCAGCUGGUGAGCUGCGUGCUCGACCUCUCCAAGCUUGAAGCGCGCAAGAUGGGGCUUUGUUGUGGGCCGGUUGACCCGAGGGCGUGGCUGGAGGGCGUUGUUGGGGAGAACUACAGGAGGGCUCGCGAGAAGGGGAUAGAGCGUGAGUUUACGGGUGAAUGUGUGAGUGGAGGGCGAAGGGCAACAACGGAGGGCCAUAUGCUGCUCCGAGUGGCCGUGUGCCCCGCCUCCACCCCUCUAGAGGACGCCCUUUACCACAUCAGUCAGUUCUCUCCGUCCCCUCUAGUUCUCCCUCCCUUGUUUGUGCUUCCUCCUCUCUUGGGUCCUCUCAACCCUACUCCCUCUCCUAAGGCACCUCUAAGCCACGUGCUGCUGCGCGUGGCUGUGUGCCAUGCCUCCACCCCUCUAGAUCCUCCCCUUUCCCCCAAGGCGCGUCAAAUCCACGUGCUACUGCGAGUGGUUGUGUGCCCUGCCUCCACACCUCUAGAGGACGCCCUCCUCCAUAUCAUUCAGUGCUCUCCCUCCCUCACUCCUCUCUCCCUUCCCCACAUGCACGACGCGUCAGAUGCGCCCAUCCAGCCGUCCCCUCCUCCAAGCCCCUCUUUCUUCACCCGAGCCACGUGCUUUGCCACCAGCCUCACAACACGCUUCACUCAGAAUCUCUUAAAACCCUGGACUAAACCAGAUGCAGCAGCACAGAGUGCAGCAUUUGAAGGGCAAGCAGCAGGCGAAAUGCUGGGGGAGGAGGAGCGGGUGAGGGAGGGUCGUGGAGGGGAGGGGGGAAGUGAGGGGUCUCAGGAUGGUAGUGGAUGGAGAGAGGGUGGGGAGGAGGAGGGUGUGCAGGUGGCGUGUGGGGAUUCUCAAGAGCCUCUUGCAGCAGGGGAAGGGGAGGCCAUACAGCUGGUGGUGGCGUGUGAGGAUACGGGGGACGGAAAGAGAGUGGAGGAGCAGGGAUGGGACUUGCUCUCACGCACCAACUGCACUCAUACUGCUUGUACUCUCGAACAAGAGGAAGCGAGGGGAGGGGUGGAGAGGGAGGAGAGGGAGGAAAGGGAGGAGGGGGGGGCAGAUGAGAUUGGCUCGCAGGAUAUGUGGGGCUGUGGAAUCGGCGCACACGUGCACUUAUUGUCACACCCAGCAGCAGGAGCCUCAGAAAGGAAUCCUCUGAGUCAUAGAGGAGAGGAACUGGGAAGCAGUGAUAGGGAUUCUGGAGGGGAAGUCUGUGGAGGAAAUUCUCUACUGCCUGAGCACUCUUUCAACACGAGUCAUGCGGGGGGGACGGUGGGGAGCAGUAGCAGGGAGUCUGGAGGUGGGGCUAGUGGGAGGAAGUUUUUAUCAUCUCCCUGCCUGUCUCUUACCACGAGUCAUGUUGGGGAGACGGUGGAGAGCAGUAACGGGGAGUUUGGAGGGUCGGUGAUGAGUUGGUUCGGUGGGAAGAGGAGAAGAGGGGGAGGUGAAUGGAGGGGCGGAAGGGAGGACGAGGAGGCGAGGGAGAGUCGGCCUUGGGUGAUGGUGGUGGAGGAGGAGGAGGUGUUGAGGCUGCAGAGUGAGGGAGGAGGGGAGGUAGCUUGUGAUGGUGCAUGGAGGAGGGGAGUAAGGGAGGUAGUUUUGGUGCCCACACUGGCAGGCAGCAGGGAGGCAGCAGCAUGGCAGGCAGGCGUGCAAGCGGUGAGAAUGAUGACAGGGAUGGCACGUGGUGCUCUGGCGGUGGGUGUGGUCAUUCUAACAGACUGCUGUGGUGAAGAGGCGGUGGGGGAUGGGGGUGAAGGGGAGGAGGAGGAAGAGGAAAAGGAGGAGAAUGGGGAGGAGAAGAGUGAGGAAGUGGAGGAAGGGGAGGAAAGAGAAGAGGAAGAGGAGGAGGAGGGAGAGGGGGAGGAGAGGAGCGAAGAGGAGAGGAAACAUUCGCAAGAGACAGAAGUGCAAAGAGCAAUUGCUGCCUCGUCCGCUCACAUUGCCUCAUCAACUGCGUCUGUUGCCUUCACGUGGGCCUCUGUUGCCAUCAGGUCGCUGCCGGGCAAGGGGUCGAGUGCGGUGCACCAGGGUGCGGGGGUGCUGCAGAGGGUGGGUGUGCAGGCAGGCAAGCGGUUGAGUGCUGUGCAGCAGGGUGGGGGGGUGCUAGGGGGGGUGCGCGUGCUGGUGGUGGACGAUGCGGCGGUGAAUCUGCUGGUGGCGCGCCACACUCUCACUCGCAGCGGCGCCACCAUCGCCACCGCAGGCAGCAGGGAGGAGGUGCUGCGGCGAGUCAAGCAGCAUGCCCUGAGUCUGGGGGGUUGUGCACAGCCCGCGGAUGGGCAUGUGGAUGUGGUGCUCAUGGACCUGCAGAUGCCCCUCAUGGAUGGGUGA